AUGGCCUUCACGUGGCAAAAGGUGAAUCCAGAUGGUGCGUUGGACUUGCUGCCGCUUCCAUACCGGAUCAUCGAUGAGGUAGUGGAGGACAUCGUCGAGGCAGUCGGCGAGCAGGUCGACAUCAUCGAAACUCGGAAGAGGUCGGAAACUUGCGAGUUCGCUCUUCCCGAGGCUAUACCAACAUCCCUGGUCCAGGUCUCCGGGCACAUCGCCUGUGCCUAUGUGGAACCAAGAGGUACCACAAGGAUGGCGGUUGGCACCAGCCAGGGUGAAGCCUUGUUGAUUGACUCCAGGAAGGGGGAGGUCGUGGCACAUGCCCACCCUUUCCACGAAAGCGAGCCGGUGACGUGCGUGUCGAUCUGUUCAGAGUCAGCCUACCAGGAGGUCUUCGCUGGACCUGGUGUGGAUGCGCCCUCCCUGCCCAGCCCGAACCUGAAGCUCUUCGCCGCUGGCUUGACUACACCGAAGAUCUUAGUCUACGACAUCCACAAGGAGACAUACGGCGUGAUGCUGAAGCCAGCUUGUGCCAUUCAUCUUCCUGCUGCCGAGGGAGGCGACUCAGAGGAAGGGCACCCUGUCAUAGAGCAGCUUCACACCAGGGGCUGCGCCGGUGGCAUUUGGGCUUGCGUUUUGCUCCCGGACGGCAACGUUAGAUGUUACCUCACGCCGCUGGGAGAACCCGACCUCCAAGAUGAGGAGGCCAAUGUCGUUCUGGAUGCUCCGAUUCAGGAGGGCGACGAGGAUGAGGAUGAAGAAGUCGGGGAGCUGAGCUCUGUUUUUGCGCUCCAGAGCAGGGCUUGGCCGAACAUGAUCGUGCCAAUGCAGAUCCCUCCAGAUGAUGACGCCGAGCACGUCGACGUCGUUGCUCCGCUGCCCAGUGAGAUACAAAUCAUUGCAGCGGCACAGGAACAGGACCCCAAAGAAGCCACGGCGUUGAGUGAAGACUUCCUCGCUGAACUGGCGGGCUGCAUGGUGCCAAUCUCUCCCGACCUGCUCCGGGCUACAAAAGCAGGUGAUGCUUUCCGAGGAUUUGGCAAAGCCCUCCGAGGCUCGAAGAAACUGUAUCAGUUGAGCUACCAAACCAAGAAGAUCAACCAGUUUUGGAGUCAUAGCUGGCAUGGUUCAACUUGGCGAAAAUACGUGACGCUCCUGCUCUUCUACAAUGGCGCAGCUGCGGCGGCCGUCGCAUGUCUUGGCGCGGCCGUGGCAUCCGUCCUAUUUGCGCUAGAGCUGUUACCGGUCCUUCGUGAACCGAACAAAGUUACGUAUUGGCAAUCGUUUUGGGCAGCACUUGUCGGCAUGAUCCUGUACCUCUUGGUAUUGUUGUUCUAUAGACCACAAGUCCCUAUCUUCUUGGAUGUGAUCUGCAUAGACCAGUCGAAUCCACGACGCAAAGGACAAGGGUUGCUGAGCAUGGGUGCGUUCCUAAAGGCUUCACGCUCAAUGCUGAUUCUUUGGGAUGCCACGUAUAGCGAUCGCUUGUGGACAAUGUUUGAGUUUGCUGCCUUCUUGACUAGCCGCGAGAAGGGCGAGACGCCAAAAGUCGUUUUGAGGCCCACGAUCCUAGGCCCUUGCUACCUUGUGCUGAUGCUGACUUUGAUCCUCGCUCUCACCAUUGGUGACAAUGUCGCUUGUGACCUCUCGGCCAGCGGCCGCUACUCAGUGUGGGCAUUUCAAUUUCUGAUUUGCUGUGGCGGCCUCUCCGUGAACACGGCUGCUUUCAGGGCAUACUUUCGAACAGUGAGUAAUUCCCAGAAAAAGCUGGCGGGCUGGCGUCUUGCAGACGUGAAAUGCAGCUGCUGCGACACCGGACAUGUUCGUGGCGGUGGAAUCUGUGACCGAAAGGUUGUAAUGAAGUGCAUCCACCAGUGGUUUGGCAGUCUUGACGAUUUUGAAUCCCACGUGCGAACGGAGAUCAGGGACACUUUUGUACACGAGCAGUCCAGUCAGCCCUUCACAUAUACCCAAGUUGUGAUUGCUCUGGUCCCAGUUAUUUGGAGCUACCUGGACAGAGCCUCGGCACAUGCUCGCUUCACUUCCUGGGAUCCAUGGAUGCAGGCGGCCAGUCAAAUCGCUCGAGGACUAGCUUGGUGGUUGGGCGUUGGCCCAAUGGCCUUUCUAAUCCAGUGUCGGCUGGCAUGUCGCUUCCAGAGGGAGUCCAGAUGGCCACGAUGCGACCCCUUGCUGAACUUGCUGCCACUCCUCGCUGUCGUGCUCGUCGUUGUUCUGGGGGUUGUAACAGAGCAACUCUUCUUCAAACUCACACUCUUUAGGCCCGGACACGAAGACAACAUGCUCUUGUUCGCCCUGAUUGUGAUCUGUCUAGCCUGGUUGCUUUACGCAUGUGUUGGGGCCGGGCCAAGGCUAGUCCACGCGGAAAGUGCAUGA